ACUUCUCUUCUUCAUGAUCACUCUAUUUCACACCUUUCUUCUUCUUUUUCAGCACUACUUAUUUUUUUAAGCUCCUUCAUUUUUUAUCAUCUACCCAUAUAAUUUGAUUGAUCAAACAAUAAUCAAUUAUUAUCUAACAACAAUUGUACAAAAAUGGGUAGUAUGAGAAAUAUGGACCCACAAUCAGUAGCUGAUAGAGCGGUUCGGGUAAUCGGGUACGGGUAUGAUCUGACUACGGAUCUCCGAUUAUCAGCGUGUAAAGCUGGACCGUCUGAUUCAAGAUUGAUUGUGAUUGAUCAAAGAUUAAGCAGAGAUUUGGUGUUACCAGGUGGAAUUAUUGUGCCUAAUGUUCCGUCUUCUAUUCACUCUGAUAAGGGUGAGCGUACUCGAUUUCGCUCCGAUGUUUUGACUUUUAACCAGAUGUCAGAACAUUUCAAUCAAGAAAACUCCUUAUCUGGUAAAAUUCCCUCAGGUCAUUUCAAUAGAAUGUUCGAUUUCAAUGGUGGCUGGCAGAAGGAUGCAGGCCUUACAAAAAGCCUUGCUUUUGAUGGCUGUUUCAUCACUCUCUACACUAUUGAGCUUGCAAAAUCCCAUAUAACCCUUUCAGAAGAUAUUAAACGAGAAGUGCCUUUGUCAUGGGACCCUGCUGCCCUUGCUGCGUUCAUUGACAAAUUCGGUACCCAUGUUGUUAUUGGGGUAAAGAUGGGAGGUAAAGAUGUAAUACACAUCAAGCAGCAUAAAAGCUCAAAUAUUGAACCAGCUGAGGUUCAGAAUUUGCUCAAGAAGCUUGCUGAUGAAAGGUUUUCUGAAAAUGUACUAAACCUCGGAGCACAUGGGAAGCCUAAGGAAAAUAAUCGGAGUAACUGGCAAGUUCCAGCAUCUUUGCCUCACUCUAACAGACCCUCCGUCACUCCUCAUUCAAAGAACGAUGAUCUUAUGAGUAUUGCAAUUCGAAGAGGAGGGGUUGAUCUUGGAACCCACAAACAGUGGGUUUCUACUAUCUCUGAGUCACCGAAUGUCAUAUCUAUGUCCUUCGUGCCUAUAACAUCAUUGUUAAGUGGAGUCCAGGGAUGUGGUUUUCUCAGUCAUGCUGUGAAUCUGUAUCUGAGAUAUAAACCUCCUAUAGAAGAACUUACUGAAUUUCUUGAGUUCCAGUUGCCUCGGCAGUGGGCUCCCGCAUAUGGCGAUCUUCCAUUAGGUCUUCGACGCAAGAAAGAUGCAUCUCCAUCAUUGCCAUAUGGCUUAAUGGGUCCUAAGCUGUAUGUUAACAUUGUGCCAGUUGACACCACAGAGAGACCUGUGACUGGAAUACGACUUUUCCUCGAAGGUAAGAGGAGUGACCGCCUAGCAAUCCAUCUCCAACAUCUCUCAGCUCUUCCAAAGAUCAUCCAACUCUCUGAUGAUCACAACUGGCAACAUAGUAAGGAUGAACAUCUUCAAAAAGACUACAUAGAACCUAUCAAGUGGAGCAUGUUUUCCCAUGUUUACACCGCCCCAGUCGAGUAUAAUAAUUUAUCCAGUGAUGAUACUGCCCCAAUCGUAACAAGGGCAUGGUUUGAGGUCAAAUCUAGUGGCAUGAAGAAGAUUCUCUUUCUGAGGCUAGGGUUCUCUAUGGUGGCCUCUGCAAAACUUCGUAGAUCGGAGUGGGAUGAAACAACCACCGUUUCUCGGAAAUCAGGAAUGUUCUCAAAGAUCAGUGGACGAUUUAGCGGGGCAUUAAAUCCUCAACCGGAGAUACAGAAGCCGGAAAUAAAUUCUGCCCUCUAUCCUGGUGGCCCCCCGGCUCCUGCUUCAGCACCAAAACUGUCAAAUAUUGUUGAUACCAAGGAAAUGGUAAGAGGCCCAGAAGACCAUCCUGGAUAUUGGGUGGUCACUGGAGCUAAGCUGUGUAUGCAGGGUGGGAAGAUCAGUAUAAAAACAAAGUUUUCGUUGUUGACCAUUAUUACAGAUUCAGAGGAUUCAAUGUCUAUGUAAAUUAUGUCAUAUAUUAGUCAGAAAUUUUGUUGAUCAGUAAAUACUGUAGAUUGUUAUAGGGUCCUGAAAUUUCUUGAGGCCAAAUUGUCCCCCAGGAGCAGAUCGACCAAAACAACUGUUAUCUCAGUAAGUCUGUUGUGUGUGGGGGCCUGUGUGCCUAUACUUCCCUUUCUUUUUUUCAUUUUAUUUGUGUGUUUUGGUUAGGAGGAUAUGAAGAGAGUUGUGCAACAUACAUCAUUGAUCAUCUAUGUAUCAUAUCAGAUUAGCAGAAUGGCAGAGAAGUUUAUGGUGUACAUAUACAUAUGUUUCCAUUCGAUGUAAUUCCAGUAGACUUCCAUGUAAUAUCCAGUUUAAUGUAAUGUAACUUCUGCAUUGCUGUGUAAGCAGCUCGAGAAGAUGUUUAAAAAACCAUA